AUGAAGGGCCUGUCCGCUGUUGCCGUCGCGGCCGCUAUGGUUGAGACCGUCGGCGCCCAAUUGUCGCCACCGUCGUUCAACUCGACUUCCAGCAGUCCCGUGACGUCUUUGCUCAACACACCGUCAACUGCUUUGACAACUCGUUCGUCGACCUCUUCAGGCAGUGACUUUAUGGGCUCAUUGACCGCUGCGUCGUCUACAGCCGCAAAGUCGGACGCGUACCACAUGACGCCCGUACAUGUCGUGCAGGUCCGUGUGCAGAGCGAGAUGCCCGUGUGGAACAACGCGCUCGGGCGCUUUGUGUCGUCGUUCUAUGCCGACGCCAACGAGGCCUACGUGGGUCUCAUGGACACGGUGAACACUGCGUCAGUGGAAGGCGCGCUCAUGUACGUGCAGGCAGAAGGCAUCAACUACGCCACGCGGUCGAAAGCCGAUCGAUGCACGCGCAAGAACGAGAUGGCGUACAUUGUCUUUUACGAGUACGCUAUUGCCCAGCCAAACGAGACGCUCGCGCUGUACCAGGACGUGGCGAGCCAGCACGAGUACGGCCCCAUGUUGGCCAUGGACUCGGGUCGCUGCACGCCCGACUCGAGUACGUCGUCGGGCGACGAGGCGUUUCCGGCGGCCUGCUACUACUUUAACGGCGACGAGGGCGAGCCCGAAGUGGGUCCGUUUGUGGGCGGCACGACAAAGGAGACGGACCCGCGCGCGCCGUACCCGCACACUGUCUGGUACUCGUUCCCGCACUCGUGUCCGCUCAGCGAGUGGGGCGACAAGUCGACUGCGUGCCGCGCGAGGACGCGCAAAGGUCUGUGUGACAUGGGCGUCCUGCCCGACGGCGUCAGCUGCACGUUUGCGUACCGCGUGCUGGGGUUCAUAUUGAUUGACGACCUCGUGGGCAUUACGUCGAUGGCGAGCAACACAACGGGUGAACCGUAUGCAAACUUUGCUGCGUUUUGUCACGACGGCGGCGUGGAGUUUGAGGCGUCCGAGGCGGGCGAGUGGAUUGACAGCAUUCCGUUUUGGGAGAACCCGCAGGACGAAGAAGCGAAUGCCGAGCGCGCGGCACAGCUCGUUGAGGCCUAUCACAAUUUGACGACCGGUCGGAUAACGACGUCUGGUCUGGACCCGAGCAUCAUUGGCCACAUGCUGCCCCUGCCGUCGCCCGAGGAGCUUGCCGCCGAGAACCCUGCGUGCUAUUUGAAUGUCGAACAGUGCAACACAGAGGCUGGCUGCAAGCGUGAGCUGUAUGGCUCGACGUGCACAGUCUGCGCGUCAACGUCGGACGGAUGCGAAGCUCCACCGAGCGACUGGAAGUUUCCGGCUCUGGCAAAGGCAGUGGGCGCGAAUGGCGGCACUGGAGACGCCUCGGCGGGUGGCGGCUCGUCGACGAAGGGCUCGUCGCCUGGUAACGGCGAUGAUUCCAGUGGCGCGGCGAGAAGCGGUGUAUCGCUUGCGCUCGUAUCAGCAAUGCUGGCUCUGGUCACGGCGUUGGGUGGCUAA